AUGGCUCAUAUUCUCUCAGACGCCUGCGUGGUGUUAGUGCUUCUUGUAAAGAAACCGGCCCUGCCGGUCGAUGCCAAAAGAAAGUCCCAAGUCGAAGCGGGGGAAGCACCUGGGGAGAACUUGGAGAACACCUGGAGGAAGCUUCAGGCUGUGCCGCAAAAAGCCAUUGCUGUGCCAACUCAAAACGCGGUGGUCUGGAGCCAGCAGAAGGUGUCACGCCCUCAAAGUGCCCCUUCCAGGCGCGAGGAGCAGUCCGAACUGGCCAAAAUCCCAUCGACCAGCAAAAGGAGGCCCACCACUUCAGAUCGCUUCCGUGGCGCCAAGUGCCCAGUGGAACGAAUGGAGCGACCAGGUUUGCAACGUAGCGGAACACGGAACAGCCUGCUCUCUGAGGAGACAUACCAUGGAACCAUUGACCUCACAGGUCCCGGCUCGUCCACAGCGGCUUCCCGGGGAUCCGUGGAAUUUCAGCCCGAAGGUGAGCAGUUCGCCAUUGAGCAUCCGCAGCAAUCCAGGCACCAGCGACCACGUUCGCGGCCGAGCAGCGCGCCUAAUCUUAGGCAAUCGCCGACUCCUACGCAGCAGCUAGGAGUUACUGAGGUGAAGGAGUGGAUGACGUCCGGUCGAUCUCCAUGGCAUCCGCGAAAGGACGCACGUUCAGUGGUGAACUACAAGAGUAGUGCCCAUUCUGGUGCCACCAAGCGCUACGUGGUUCGUACGGACAACCCCAUGGAGGCGCUUCGGAAGCCAAUCUGA